CACCGGAAAUGCGCUUCAAUCCCUCUUCCUCCUUAGCUAGCUAGCAGCGAGCAUUGAGCUAACGACUAGUCUCUUAAACAUCUUAGUUAUAGUUAACAUGAAUUGACUGCUCUCACUAGUGUAAUUUAUUUAAGUUUCUUCAUAAAUCAAAUAAACGAGCAAUCAAAAUGAACAUCAGAAACGCGCGGCCAGAGGACCUUAUGAAUAUGCAGCACUGCAAUCUGUUGUGUCUUCCUGAAAACUAUCAGAUGAAAUAUUACUUUUAUCACGGACUAUCUUGGCCUCAGCUGUCCUACAUCGCAGAAGACGAAAAUGGGAAAAUAGUUGGAUAUGUACUAGCUAAGAUGGAAGAGGACCCUGAUGAUGUACCGCAUGGACACAUUACAUCGCUGGCAGUGAAGCGCUCUCACAGAAGACUUGGUUUGGCUCAGAAACUGAUGGACCAGGCGAGCCGGGCUAUGAUUGAAAAUUUCAAUGCUAAAUAUGUCUCUCUUCAUGUCCGUAAAAGUAAUCGGGCAGCCUUGCAUCUAUAUUCAAACACUCUCAAAUUUCAGAUCAGUGAAGUGGAGCCCAAGUACUAUGCUGAUGGAGAGGACGCUUAUGCGAUGAAGAGAGACCUAGCUCACAUGGCUGAUGAGCUGAGGAAGUGUGGUGUGCGGGUGUCAGGACAGGAGGCACAGUCUGGGCAGAGUCCAUCAGGAUCUGGAGACCAAGAGCGAGAGAGUGAGAGAGACAGUGGAGGAGAAAGCAAAGAGCUGAGUGAAGUCAGCGAGGCAACAGAAAGCACAGACGUCAAAGAUUCUUCAUCUGAUUCACAAUGAUGCAGACCUAUAGGCAUUUUUAAAAUUCAUCUCCAUUUCAUCUUUUUAUCUGGGACAGCUAACACAAAUCCUUUCCUAAGGUUUGCUGCUUAUUUUCUUGAUAAGAGUGGGAUGGAUAUUGAGCAGUGAACUAGGUGUUCAUUAAGAAGCUUUUUAUUGGCAUGUUGUACCGGUGGCCCAAAGUUCAGAGACAAUUUCAAUAUUGAAAGUGGACAGUUUGAAUUCAUCAGGUUCUCUAUUUAACAUACAAAACACAAAUAAAUCUUUGAAAUACAAA